AAAGGCCUGGAGAGGGCAAAAGAACCGAGCCUGGGACUGGUUACAGUGAUGGGAAUGGGGAUGCGAUGGGGAGCGAUGGGGAGCGCAGGUCAAAGCCAUUACUAGAGCGCGCAGCCCCAGCGCCUCCCACCGGGAUAAGCACAGACGUCCUGUACGGCCCACGCAGCUGCCUGGCCACAGUCCGGUGCCUCUCCAGCCCGGCGGUGGCCGUCCGGCCCCUCCCUCGGCGGACUGGAGCGGCCGUCUGAAGGCGCCGAUCCGAUCCACUGAGAGGAGCCGCCGAGGUCGAGGCAUGGAGAGCUCGGCGGGAGACCCAUACCGGCGGCCCGCGCGGCGUGCUCAGUGGCUGCUGAGCGCCUUGGCUCACCAUUACGGGCUGGACCGCGGCGUGGAGAACGAGAUCGUGGUGCUGGCUACCGGUCUGGACCAGUAUCUGCAGGAGGUCUUCCACCACUUGGACUGCCGGGGCGCUGGCCGCCUGCCGCGCGCCGACUUCCGUGCACUCUGCGCGGUCCUGGGACUGAACGCUGAUGGGGAGGCGGCCAAGGAAGACGCAAACUCCACGGAGGUGGCCGCCAAGAACCCGGCUACUGGGAUGAUCGCUGGCGGAGACGCGGACGUCAGGGAAGAGGCGCUCCUGGCUUUGCGGGCCGAUCCUCCUGAACUCACCUUCCGCCAGUUCCACGCGCGCCUCUGUGGCUACUUCAGUAGUCGAGCGGGGUCCCGGCUGCCUCGCGGAGCUCUGAGCGAGCACAUCGAGACGCAGAUCCGCCUCCGCCGUCCGCGCCGCCGCCGCCGGCCUGGCUCACCGAGCCUGCACGGUGGCGCCUAUGGCGAGCGCGUGGCACAUCUAGAGGAGGAAAACAGUAGCCUACGCGAGUUGGUGGAGGACCUACGUGCUGCGCUGCAGAGCAGUGACGCGCGCUGCCUGGCCCUUCAGGUCGGCCUCUGGAAAAGCCAGUCGGACAUCCCGGAAGCGGCGGCGCACGAGCUGCAGCGAGCUCAGGGAGCGCUGGCAGAGGCGGAGGCGCGCGCUCGACGGCUGCAGCGAGGACAGGUGGAGGUGCGGCUGCGCACUGAGGAGGCCCGGCAGGCGGUCCGGCGCAGCUUGCACCGAGUGCGAGAGCUGGAGUCGCUGGCGCGGCGCGUUCCCCGCUUGCAGCGCCAAGUGCAGCGACUGGAGGCAGAGCUUAGACGUUACCGGUCAGAAGGGCCUCAGCUCCUAACACCCCCACAAACUAGUCCAAGGCCAGGAAACAAGAAUGGUGAACCUACGGCUAGAGGCACCAGAGAUUCAGACACCACUUCAGAGGGAGUCCUGCAGUCAGACACCAGCUUAAGGAGUAGAGACACAGAUGAAGAGGAAGAACAGCUGUUCCGCUCCGUGGAAGGCCAGGCUGCCUCUGAGGAGGAAGAGGAAGAAAGGUGGCAGGAAAAGCCAGGGCGCCCACAGGCCCACAGCGAGGUACCCCUGAUGCAACCCUCAGGCUGUGUGAACAGGUGUGAUGACCAGACAGCUGAGACGCUCAAGGCUUCCUUCGGCCACUGUGAUGGUGCUGAGCACGUCUGCACCCUAGAGCUGGAACCUCAUGUCACCAGGCUUGGGGAACAGCUGCAGACCCUGGGCUGCAGCAGAGAGACCCUGGGAAGGCCGGAGGAGGAGGAGGAGGAGGAGGAGGAGGCAGAACUGCAGCAGAUGGUGGAAACUGAGCAUCUGAGGCUGGAGCUGCAGAUGGUGGAGACGGAGAGGGUCCGGCUGUCGCUGAUGGAAGAGAAGUUGGUGGAUGUGCUACAACUCCUGCAGAGGCUCCGGGACCUGAACAUAUCAAAAAGAGCACUGGGGAAGAUGCUGCUGAAUGCCCUGGACCAGAACCCCUCACAGGAGGGUACACGGGGCACCUUGGCCAUCCUGGACACCUUGCACCAAGCCUUAGUUGGCUGUGAGCUCCUACAGAGAAACCCCUCAGCACCAGCAUCCAAGGCUCCUGCACAUACGAACCCCUUCCUCGUCUCCUGCUGAGCUCCCUGGCCCAGCCUUGGGCUACCGUCAUACCGUCUUACCAUCAUCAGACCAACCUUGGCCACAUCCAGACUAGCUAGCCUUCAUGGUCAACCUGACCACCAUGGAGCUAGCAUUUGGCCAUCACUGGACCAGCCACCGUGGUCAUCCUGACUAUCAUCAGUCCAGCCUCCAUGGCCAGCCUGACCACUGUUGGACUGUCUUCCGCCAUCUGAACACUCCACAAAGAGUCUGACCAUUGUCACUCCCUCAGAUCUCUGGCAGCCAAGGCUCCUUCCAAGACUAGGUCUGACAACUACCCCUUUCUUUGGCCUCUCACAUUCUCUCAGAACACCCACAUUGAAAGUCUGAAGCUGCUAGACCAGCCUCGACCUGAGGCUGUUGCCCUCAUCCUGGGCACAGCACAUCCCAGAAUCUCUUCCCUAGAGUCCUGAGAUCUCCCCUCCCUACCUACCCCCAAGCACUGUCCUCUUACACCAGAAUGCCUGCUGAGUAAACCCAGGCCCAGCCUCCAGGGCUUACCUAAUCACUGGGGAAGUCCCCACAUCUGAGUUCCAAGGAGAAAAUGAGGUCUGUAGGCUUGUGGGUGGAAGCUGGGCUGCCAAGUCAUCCAAGAGGAGAAGUGGGAUGUGGGUGGGCACAGUGAAGAAAGGUACAACCAGAUCAAAAGAGGAUCCAAGGACCCGCCACCCUCAGGAGUCCGUGCCCAAGGCCAGGCACCAAACAGACAGGACUGAGCAGAAGGACUGCCCCCUUUUAAUCCUCCCUGCUGGGCCUGAGCCCACAAGGCCCUGCUUGCCCCAGCAACUGACCUUUGCUAUUUGGCCUGGUCAAGAAAGGCCUGGUCAGGCUGUGUUUGUACUAGAACUUUGUGUGGAUAAAUGUGCAAGGAAAAACUCCAGGGGACCCGGCAAAGGGGAACCCUCACAUUGGCAAGUCUAACUUUGUGAGCUUGACUAUAACCCUCACAGAAAAGAUAGAAGAUAAACCACUGAAUACUUCUAGGAGGAAGAGGACAGUGACCAGUGUGGAAUGGGCUCCCCCAUCCUGGGUUUAGUUUUGCUGAUUUUCUCCUACUGGGAUGUCUAAGCACUGCAGGAACUCCCCAACCAUGCACACCCUAGGCCUCGUCCUAGGCAAGGGAGGGGAGACCCUCAGAGACAAGUUUAGGCUCACUAACACAGCCAUGAUCACAGGCACUGUGUCUGAUUGUUUUACAUUCUCUGAGGAGGAUUCCCCUAUGUUGCUUAGGUUAGCCUCAAACUCCUGGGCUCAAGCUAUUAUCCUGGCUCCCAGGUAUCUGGAACAAUAGGCCAUAGUCCCAUAUGAAGCUAGCAAAUCCUGGAAUAACAAAACGCCUACUUCCUACAUACACUUUUUAUUACCAUGUCACUAAAGACUCAGCUCCUGGGGUUCCUUACCCAGCCCAUGGAGUCAGCCUUUAGCAGAAGACAAUCUGAAGAGACAGCCAUCCUUGACUAUAUCAGAGAGUCGGGAACCAUCAGACUAGGAAUUUGAAACAUCUGGUUUCCAGGCAGUUCUAAAGGAAGAGGCCAGACGCAUGCAAGACCAAGCAAGCAACACAAACAGAGGAUGCAUAUCCCAAGGAAGAGCCAAGAAUUCCUCGGAGUCCUACGACUGAACAGAAUAAAGAACUCUCCUGUAGGGGCUGGGGAUUUAGCUCAGUGGUAGAGCGCUUGCCUAGGAAGCGCAAGGCCCUGGGUUCGGUCCCCAGCUCCGGAAAAAAAAGAACCAAAAAAAAAAAAAAAAAAAAAAAAAGAACUCUCCUGUAGGCUCAGAGACGAUGGUAGAAACAAGGAAGGACUCCAGAGCCUAAAGACACAUCCUAGAAAAUUCUAGAACUGAACAGCAGAGAUGAAAAGUCUAGGAACAAGGAGCAGAAAAAUCCAAGACGUGUUAAACAGCUACAACACGUGUAACUAAGGAUGGGAGGACAGACAGCCGUUAAAGCAGUGAGGACUUUUAAUCCCCCCCCCACUCACUCUUCAGGCACCAAGACACAUAUUCAGAAGAGUAAAUGCAAAACAAAAUAAAAAAUAAAAUGAUAUUGAAGCUAGACAUGGUGAUGCACACUUGUAAUUCCAUUGCUCAGGAGGUGUUUACAGCCAGCCCAAGCUAGAUAUUGAGAGCUCGUCUCAGAAAGGACAACAGGAGAGAGGAGAGAGUGAGACUCUGAGGUGGGGAGAGAAAACAGCCUAAUAUUCAUUGUGACUUGCAAAAUUACCGUUCAGAUCAAAGGAGUGGAGAGUCUCAGACAAACAAAACUCAUCUGGGCUUGCAAGAAAUGAAGUGUUUGGGAGAAGGAGAAUUAUACAAACAUUUUGGAUUCAUAUACAGAAAGAAAAACAACAAAAGAAAGAAUAAGGUAGAAAAAAUCCUUUAUUUCUCUUAUUCUUUCUUACCUAAUGAAGAGCAGUUUGUGGACGGUCUGAGAACGGAACGUGUAUUGCGUUCAGCUUCUGUGAGUGAAAUGCCCAGCCCAGGCACAAGGGCAGCCAAGGAACUGGGAACCUUUUGCUACCAUGGAGCCCGGGAAGCUUUGCUGCCCAUGAAGCAGUACAGUUGUUGAAAUGGACUUGGAUUCGUGUGAAUGGGUAUUGCAAUGUUAGAGCAGCCACUAGGAAAGGAAGGGAGGAAGGGGCAACAAAAAAGAGAGGAGGGGUUACAGAAAACACUGAAUCAGAACCACAAAUGUCAGACUACGAGGCGAAGACAGAACAACAAAGGUUAAACUCGAGCAGUCGUGAGGGACAUCAGCACCCUGUCAGCAUCGCCCGCAAAUAUUAAUGGUCUCAUUAUAACAACCAAAGGAUAGAGAUUCUCAGACCAGCUAGCUACAUGGUGUCUACACGAAUCCACUUUAGGAGGCUGGAGAGACAGUUCAGCACUGACUGCUCUUGCAGAGGACCUGGGUUCAAUUCCCAGCAGCCAUGUGAUGGCUCACAACCAUCUAUAAUGAGAUCCGGUGCCCUCUUCUGGUGUGUCUGAAGAGAGCAACAGUGUACUCACAUACAUGAAAUAAAUAAAUCUUUUAAAAAGGGAUCUACUUUAGAUUUAGACUCCUGUGGACUAAGUGAAGUUGGUCCCACACUACUGUGUUUAUGGCAGUCAAAAGAAAGCCCAACUCACUGUACUCAUUUCAGACAGAACAGACUUCAAGGCAAGGGAAAGGAUCAGGAGCAAAAGGGGAAUCACAUGGUGCCAAAGGGGUCAGCUCACUAAGAAAAUAAUGUGUCUACCUAGUAACAGCUACAAACUGCCCGGGGACAGAAUUAACACAAAGCCAGGCAUAGUGGUGCAUGCCUCUAAUCACAACACCCAGGAAGCAGGGGCAGGCAGAUCCCUGUGAGUUCAGAGCCAGCCUGUUCUACAUAGACCUUGUCUCAAAAUAAUAAUAAUAAUAAUAAUAAUAAUAAUAAUAAUAAUAAUAAUAAUAAUAACACAUUAAUAGAACUUUCAAGAAACUGAUGAGUCCAGUAUUGUAGUAGCAGGCUUCAACAGUUCUGUAAGAAUUGGGCGUAUCCAGCAGUUAUGACAUAAAUCUGAACACACCAGAAACAUCAAGCAAAUGGAUCCAGUGGACACAGCCUGCUCAUUCCACAAUGGCGCAAAUGCAUUGUCCUCAAGCUCAGACAGCAGUCUCCACAUUCUGGCACAAACACUCUGAACUAAACUAUGGGGAUCAUACACUGCCCUCAAGUGACGCAAAAUUAAACUGGAGUCUCGUAACAGAAAGACAGCUUGGAAAUCCAUAAAGGCUUAGAGACUGAAUACCAUAUUUCUGCAUUAAAUAGAUAUCAAAGAAGAAAGUUCGAGAGUAAUUUUAGAACACUUAUCUAAAUGAAAGUGGAAAUGCACCCCAUCAGAAUGUAUGGGACACACAGCAAGAGCAGUGCUCAGAGAGAAAUGAGAGAAAUUCACGGCAUGGAAAUGAGGAUGUUAACAAGAAUGAGACGUCCAAAAACCAAGACUCCUCCACCUCAGGAAGCUAUAAAAAGGAAAGCAAACUGUAAGACCAACGUGAUCAGUACGUCCCAAUUUGAUGUACAGAAUCAACCCGAAGUGUACAGACGAAGAAAUACAAAUCACGGCAGAAAUCAAACUCAAAAGAGGAUCUCAGGAAAGCCAAGGCUGGUUCUUUGAAAAGAUUAAUGAAAUUGGUUAAUAGAAGCUUCUCGCCAGGCUAAUUAAAGAAAAACCAGAGGAAACAACUUACUAAUACCAGAGGUGAGAGAGGGGCUGUCACCGCAGGGCAACUCUUAACGCCACCAGAAAUAUUUCAAGUGUGACUGUGAAUAAGCCUGGUGGGCAAAAUAAAAGGGACCGAUUCUUUGAAAAACACAUAAAAGCCACACACGUGAAACAAUCUGAUAUGUAUUAGAUAAUUUAGUUAAUAAUUAACAAAACAGAAAAGUAACAGGGGCCAGGACAGUUUCUACAGCACCACUGAACUGUAGGGAGAAGGUUUUACAGUUUAUCUACAGUCUUUUCCAGAAAACAGAAGCCCUUUCUGUCAGAUCAGGAUUGUCAGCAUGCUAGCAAAUACCUCAAACAAACAAGACAGAGCAAAAUGUCUCAGAGGUACAGCUACAAAGAUCUCCAGCAAGUCAUGGUCAACAGCGUAAGCUGGAGACAAAGUUCACUGGCAGACUAUUGCUCUUCACUGGGACCUGGGCUCAAUCUCUAUCACUGAGGAAGGAAGGAAGGAAAGAAGGAAGGAAGGAAGGAAGGAAGGAAGGAAGGAAGGAAGGAAGGAAGGAAGGAAGGAAGGUAGGUCUGCUCACCUUACCCAAGUGAAACUAACAUACUGUUGUAUGGGAAAAAGGCAGGAUACCAUGGCCUCCUAAGUGAGGCUGGUACACAAGGCUCCUUGAGCCUUCAGAGCAUUACCGGCCUACAGCCUAGGGCACCAUUUCCCUCACCCAGUGUACAGAGGCCUUGACCUUGGAUGGGGUCUGAGAAAAUGCCUACUCUCCUAGCCAAGCACAAAGCUCAGGGUGAGACGACCUCAGAAGACAGUGGGAUUCUCUGGACGAAGGCAGGGCCAGUGCAUCUUAUAUGACUGUCCGAAAGCUGUGGAAUUACCUGGCACCCACACCUCAGUGACAAGGACUGCUGCUGUAAUUUCUGCUUCUCCCUAGGAAGGGUGGGGGUCGGGGGAGAAUACCAGGGUGGUUGCACACCAAGCCGGGUGGAGCGAGGGAAACUUAGACAGGCAAGUGUGGGUGCAUUGUAGGAUCUCACACAAGUAAUAAACACACUAGGGAACAGCUUCA